AUGGCUCGAAAAAAGUUCACAGCAAGUUUGAUUCUAUCGGUUGAUAAAAACGUGAGCUAGCUCUUGAUAUAGUUGUUGAUUGUGUGAUCCGAUCAAGUGGGUGCCGAAGAAAGUGACCAAAAUAUGAGUAACCUGUGGUUUCAAACGAUGUUCGUUACGUUGAUAAUUGGAAUUGUGACGAUAAGUGUGUGCCAUGCGGCUCCUAUUGAAUUAGUAGGAGAUGUAAUAAACGAGGUCAACCCAGAUGGAUACGAUUUAAUGUACACAUUAUCGAAUGGAGUCACACGCAGCGAAGUGGGAACGCUGAAGACGACAGCGGAUGGAAAUUUGAUCAUCGCGGUCAAGGGAACCUGGGCACAACCGUUCGAGGAAGGAUUAUACUACGAUAUAGAGUUUAGUGCCGACGAGAACGGGUUCCACCCACGAUUCAUACUGCAGAAAAAUAGCAGAAAAUCAACCGGAAGAAAGUGAAAAGUGAAUGAAGAGUAAACAAAAUAGCACGCUCGAUUGAAAGUGAUACGAAAUUUGUUCGAUCGAGUUCGAAACGUAGAUAUAGCGUAAAGUUUAAGGAGAAUGAAACGGAAAGUGAGUUUGUACAAAAAAUGAUUGUUAUCUCUGUUUUGGUGAUUCAUAAAAUAAUAAAAAAUAUGCGCAGGUCAGUUUCCAAACUCUGUUUGGACUGAUCUAGUAGUAAA